AUGGGUAACGGAGUGACAAAACUGAGUACGUGUUUCUCAGGCGGAGAUCAUUCCCGGCGAAAAGACAUCUCCGUUCUGCUUCCGGAACCUCUAGACGAAGGUCUAGGUCACUCCUUCUGCUACGUUCGACCCGACCCGACUCUAAUCACUUCCUCAAAGGUCCAUUCAGAGGAAGAAACAACCAUGUUUCGCACAAUCUCCGGCGCCUCCGUCAGCGCCAACACAGCGACCCCUCUCUCCACUUCUCUCUACGAUCCGUACGGUCACAUCGACCGUGCCGCCGCAUUCGAGAGCACGACGUCGUUUCCUUCAAUCCCUCUGCAGCCGAUCCCUAAGAGCUCCGGUCCGAUCGUCUUGGGUUCGGGUCCGAUCGAAAGAGGGUUCCUUUCGGGUCCGAUCGAGAGAGGAUUCAUGUCGGGUCCGCUUGAUCGGAUCGGGUUAUUCUCUGGCCCGCUUGACAAACCAAGCUCCGAUCACCAGUUCCAGCGUAGCUUCUCCCAUGGUCUAGCUUUACGGGUCAGGUCAAGGAAAAGGUCUUUGGUUCGGAUCCUCCGUCGAGCAAUCUCGAAGACGAUUUACCGAGGGCGAAACUCGAUCGUGGCUCCGGUCAAAUCCGUUAAAGACUCCGAUUGGGGAAUCAGAUCGGAGAAGAGCCGGAACAUGCACAACGAGAAUCUCACUGUGAAUAGUUUGAAUUUUAGCAGCGAAGGAACCUUAGACGACGACGUUUCGCUUGAAAGCCAGAAUCUUCAGUGGGCCCAGGGAAAAGCCGGUGAGGAUCGAGUACACGUGGUGGUCUCGGAGGAGCACGGUUGGCUUUUCGUCGGAAUAUACGACGGAUUCAACGGUCCAGAUGCACCGGAUUAUCUACUCUCCCAUCUUUAUCCUACGCUUCAUCGGGAGCUCAAAGGCUUGUUAUGGGACGAUCCAAGUAGCGAAUCCGAGAAUCGAGUCGAUGAUCAGGAAAAUGAUAAUCCUUGUGAGAGAUUAUAUUGGAGAUGUGAGUGGGAUCGAGAAAGCCGUCGAUUAAAGGAACAGAGCAAUCGGAGAAGCGGGUCGGGUCAGUUACCGACGGAGACGAAUCACUCCGAAGUUUUACAGGCAUUGUCACAAGCUCUGUUGAAGACGGAAGAAGCAUAUCUAGACACUGCGGAUAAGAUGCUCGACGAAAAUCCUGAACUAGCUUUGAUGGGCUCUUGUGUUCUGGCGAUGCUGAUGAAAGGCGAAGAUAUUUAUGUGAUGAAUGUCGGCGACAGUAGAGCUGUGCUUGGUCAGAAAUCCGAAUUAGCCGAGAUAAGACAGGACUUGAAAAGUUUGUCGGCUUUUCAGCUCAGUGUUGAUCACAGCACAAAUGUUCAAGAGGAAGUUGAGAGAAUCAGAAAUGAGCAUCCGGAUGAUGCUACUGCAGUGACGAACGAACGUGUUAAAGGCUCCUUGAAGGUUACAAGAGCAUUUGGUGCUGGUUUCCUGAAGCAGCCUAGAUGGAACAAUGCGCUUCUUGAGAUGUUCCAAAUUGAUUACAAAGGAGAGUCUCCGUACAUCAGCUGCUUACCGUCGCUCUACCACCACAGAUUAGGCUCGAGAGACCGGUUUCUGAUACUAUCGUCGGAUGGUCUUUACCAAUACUUCACGAACGAAGAAGCGGUUUCAGAGGUUGAGCUCUUCAUCACGUUACAGCCUGAAGGGGAUCCAGCUCAGCACCUUGUACAAGAGCUUUUGUUUAGAGCUGCUAAGAAAGCUGGUAUGGAUUUUCAUGAGUUGUUGGAGAUACCACAAGGUGAACGGAGACGGUACCAUGAUGAUGUUUCUAUAGUAGUGAUCUCUUUAGAAGGAAGAAUGUGGAAGUCUUGUGUAUAA